GUCUUUUAUUUUUAUUGCGAGUGAGCUCACCGCCCAUGGAGGUGACCUGACCUCGCAACUACCCCUCUUUCUUCGCCCGCCCGCUUCCCCCCCAUGUCUUCCGCUCGUCGAAGAAAAGAACAAGGCAAAGAUGGCAACUUUCCAGUUCGCCAGAUCCAGCUUCUCGCCCACACUCCGCUUCCGGCUGUUGGCCCCGCUCCCUCGUCGGGUCUCCACCAUCCCCCUCCGCUGCUGCCUCCGGAAGGACGGCGGCGAGCCAAAUGGGGAGGAGCCGCCGGAGUCGUUGUUCAUGAAGGAGCUGAAGCGGAGGGGCAUGAACCCGACGUCUCUGUUGGAGGACAGCGAUGGUGGGACGAUCGGGUCGUUGGAGUCCGAGGAAGAGAUCAGCAACCGUGCGGAUAGAAGAAGGGGGCAGACGAAACGGAACGAUGUGGCGUGGGCAGCCUUCGACAAGGCGACAUCGAACCAGAGGGAACGGUCUAUGUCGUUGAACAGCGAGGGCCUCGAGCCACUGUGGUGUCGGAGCCUGUUGACGAGGGCCCUGGACACUCAUUUAUCCACAUCGGCCCUGAAGUGCCCCACCUUGCUAGCUUUGACUCUAACGCCUACUCUCGUGUCCACCACUCUGAUGAGGGUGUCGCCAUCGGCUCCACCAUGUUCCAAUCCAUCUUUCGGUGCAUCUGGACUAAUUCCAAGGGCUAAACUGCUGCUAACUAUCGGUGGAACAUUCUUUUUGGGGUUUUGGCCUCUAAUCCUGAUUACUGUUGGCUUCAUUUUGUGUCUAUACAUUUGUCUUGGACCAAGUUUCCUGCCUGACGCCAGCAAGGUACCAGUAUCGCCACCACCUUAUAUAGAUCCUUACACACUAUUAGAGGAUGAAAGGAUAUCUCAGGUGGCAUCUCAUGUGAUCUAAAUCACCUUUACGUUUCAAUCAAUCCCAAGAUGUCAAUAAGACCAAUAUGCCUGUAAUAUUCUGUGGCCUCCUGUAAAUUUUUAGUUCUGGCUGCUGAGACAGCUUCGUCAGACAAAUUCUUCGUAUGGUGUUUAUGCUGCUGUACUUCAGCUC